CCACUGUACUCAACUCAACUCAACUCAACUCAAUUGUUCCUUUCUUCUCUUUUCUAUCACGCUAAGCCGUGUUUGGCUAAACAGCGAAACUGACAGAUAGAGUCAUAGAGAUCUGCAGCGAGCGAGCGACGCGGCUCUAACAAACUCAAUCCCUUCUCUCUCUCUCUCUCGGCUCCGAUCCACUCCUCCACGCCGAUCCUCCCAUCAGCUCUCUCUCUCUCUGCGCCAAAAUUCAAUUUGAUUUCAUGAACUCUCCCUCUCCCUCUGGCAGGUCACAGUUGCUGUAGAUUACAUGGACUGGGGUGGUGGUGUUAUUAACAACAAUAACAAUAACAAUUUCAGAACAACUUACAAAGAUGAUCAUAAAUCCAUGAUGGACCUGGCACUCAUUUCAAACAUGGAUCCUGUCAAUAUUGGUUUGGGUUGUUCAGAAAAGCAAGUUCCUGUCACUUCACUCAAGCCAAGGAAGAAGACAAUGACAUCAGUUUACUUGAAGUUCUUUGAGACUGCUGCUGAUGGCAAGACUAGGAGAUGCAAGUUUUGUGGACAGAGCUAUUCGAUUGCGACCGCCACAGGAAAUUUGGGGAGGCACCUUGCUAAUCGCCAUCCAGGCUAUGAUAAGUCAGGGGAUGCUGUCAGCAAUUCGGCAUCCCGGAGCACUGUUACAAUCAAGAAGUCUCAGCCUCAAGGAAAACCAAACCAGGUGGAUUAUGACCAUCUAAAUUGGUUAAUCGUUAGGUGGCUUGUUUUAGCUUCUCUCCCUCCCUCAACCCUGGAAGAGAAGUGGCUUGUGAACUCCUACAAGUUUCUUAAUCCAUCUAUACAACUCUGGCCAAGUGACAAAUACAGAACUGUACUUGAUGAAGUUUUCAGAAGCAUGAGAGAAGAUGUAAGAGCAUUGUUAGAACAGGUUUCUACCAAGCUCUCCAUCACACUUGAUUUCUGGACUUCCUUUGAACAGAUCUUCUAUAUGAGCAUAACAUGUCAGUGGAUCGACGAAAACUGGUCCUUCCAAAAGUUGCUUCUUGAUAUCUGUCGCAUACCUUAUCCAUGUGGCGGUGCAGAGAUCUAUCGUUGCCUUGUAAAAGUUCUUAAAUUUUACAAUAUUGAAAACAGAGUCCUGUCCUGUACUCAUGAUAAUAGUUCAAGUGCCAUACUUGCCUGUCAUACGUUGAAGGAGGACUUGGAUGAUCAGAAAAUUGGGCCAUUCUGUUAUAUUCCCUGCGCUGCCCGAACUUUGGACCAGAUAAUAGAUGAUGGGUUAAGAUCCACUAAACAAGUAAUUUCAAAGAUCCGUGAAUUUGCAAUAGAGUUAAAUUCCUCAUCAGUGAUCUCUGAGGAUUUCAUUCAAUUAUCUACAGCUUAUCAGGAAGGUACCUGGAAAUUUCCUCUUGAUGUUUCACCAAGGUGGAGUGGAAACUACCAGAUGCUUGAUCUUUUUCGCAAGGCAGGUAAAUCAAUGGAUGCUGUUAUUCGUAAAUAUGAGGAUACGCUGGGGAGUAAGAUGCUGCUGGGCUCUUCUGACAAAAGUUUAGGUAACAUCAUGCAUCAGUUUCUUGAACCAUUCCACAAGACCACAAACGACAUCUGCACGAGUAAGGUCCCAACAGUUGGGCUUGUCCUUUUCUUCAUGGAUCACAUCUCAGAAACAAUUGCUUCCUGCAGAGAAUCACGUCAUAGCCCGGAAUGGCUAAAAAGUGCUGCAGAAGAAAUGGCUAAGAAGGCCAGGAAUUAUAUUAAUCAGGUUUGCAACAUAUUUACGUACAUGACAGCAAUUCUAGAUCCUCGAUUAAAGGCAGAACUGAUCCCUGAUAGUUUAAAUUCUGAAAGUUUUCUGGACGAAGCAAGAACUCAUUUCAUGAGAAAUUAUUCUACCAGCCAUUUCUCAUCCAUGAGUUCUGGAUACAAUGCUCAAGAAAUUGAAGAUGGAGGAAGCGUUUCGUUUGCUGAGGAAAUAGCUCGGAAGAAACGAAGAACGAGUAUGAGCUCCACCACAGAUGAGCUUACACAGUACCUCUCAGAGGCUCCGGCUCCUAUGGCUAUACCAACAGAUGUUCUAGAGUGGUGGAAGGUUAACAGCACACGCUACCCUAGACUAUCUAUGAUGGCUAGAGAUUUCUUGGCUGUGCAGGCAACUUCAGUUGUGCCUGAAGAAAUUUUCUGUGGCAAGGGUGAUGCAAUUGACAAGCAACGGUUCUGUAUGCCGCUUGAUACCACGCAAGCUAUUCUUUGUAUCAAGUCAUGGAUUGAGGUUGGCAUCAAGUUUAAGUUUAAGUCGACUGAGAUAGAUUAUGAGAGGUUGAUGGAACUAGCAGCGGCUGCAGCUUCAACAGAUAAUAGCCCUGUGAGUUCUGUUGAGAAGAAGCAAAAAUAAUGGUAGAAGAUGGCAGCUCUAAAGGGUUAAAGUACUUAAUUUAGGAAGCAACAUUAUUGACAUUGUUAGAUUAUAUCUUCACGUUGACUAAUCUCCACUUAUCUCAAACUUAGAAAAGGUAACUUGGUGUUUUGUCUAGAAACUUUGUUGUAUUAAUAUUAUGUAAUAUUGUACAGUUCUCAAUUCUGGAAAUUACUAAACCAGAGAAAAAUCAAAUGAAAAAAAUUAGAAAGAUCCCCAUUC